AUGGAUUUGAAUUCUUGUGAACUUCAUCAAAAUCAAAGGUUACUUCGUUUUCGCUCUACAACGAGCUCAUCUAGUUCUCGAGAUUUCUUGGAUAAUGAUAAUAAUAAUUCUUUUAAUAAUACAAAUUCUUCUGGUGCAAGUUCAAGCAUGCUUGUUGGUUCUUCUAUGAGAAUGAGAAUGGAUCAACCAAGUAGUUCUUCUGCUGCUCAUUUCUCCAACAACAUCAUCUCCUUUCAAAAUGGUUAUGACACCAUGAAAGGUGUUGAAAACUAUGAUGGGGUGAAUGACAGUAGUGACGGUGAACUCACUCUUUCUAUGAACAUAUUGAAGAAUCAAAUCGGAUUCUCAACAAGAAACCCUUCUUCAUUGGGAAGAUUAUCACAGAAUUCCAAAAUGGGGAGUGAUGGUCAUAAGUUCUUUUAUGAUUAUAAUGAUCAGAAUGUAGAGGUAGGAAAUCAAGUUGAUACACUAUCACAUCACAUGAGUUUGGCAAGAAAGUCAUCAGAAAUGUUUGUUGUGGAGAAUUUACAUCAGUUCCCGGAUUCUUCUAUUCCUAGUAGUAGUAUUAGAGCAAAGCGAGGCUGCGCAACGCAUCCUAGAAGCGUCGCAGAAAGGGUAAGAAGAACUCGAAUAAGCGAACGAAUGAAAAAGUUGCAAGAGCUUAUUCCAAAUACUGACAAGCAAACUUGCACAUCAGAAAUGUUGGAAUUGGCUGUAGAGUACAUUAAAGAUCUUCAAAAACAAAUAAAGAUUAUGAGUGCAAGAAGAGCUAAAUGCAGAUGCAAAAAUCAGAAAUGA